GCGAAUUCUCGAGAGAGAAACCAAGGAAGAAGAACAUGUACACGAAGCAAAAGCGGUUAGGGCGGAGGCUUGAACGAAUAAAUGCAUUCAAAAAUGCCGAUUACGACGCUUCUACAUCGUCGUCAUCAUCAUCAUCAUCUUUGUCGUUGUUUGAUAUGCCAUCAGCUCAUGGAACUCAAUCACGUGAUGCUUCUUUGUUUUCUGAUGUAAUUAAUUAUCGAAUUGAAGGAACUGAAGGCGAGUUCGAUUUGAUUUGCCGGUCUCUAGGGCUUUCUGGACCGGAAGAUUUCGCAAUUCCGGCGGCUGAUUGGGAAGCUCAUAAAGCUUGCUCUCCUACGAAUAGUAAUUAUUUGAUUGGUUCCAGGUUUCGUUGUUUUACUCCGGAUCCAACCAAAGAAUCUCCAGGGAGUGAUUUUCCGGAGACUUCUGAAUCUCCGGCUAGGGUUAGUAAUGACGAGGUCAAGCGUGAUACUGGAUGUUUGAGAUUAACCAAGGAUGAAGAAGCUAGGGUUUUGGUAAGUAAUGGAGGUGAAAUGCGUGGCGGUGAUGUCAGAGUAUUUGGAAUUGGUGAGAUCAAGCGUGUAAACCAGUUGUCGGAAUUUAUUAAUGGUGAUAAAUUGGCUGAUGUUGAAAAAUCUAGGGGUUUGCAUUAUGGUGAUGACACCCGUAAAGCUCCUGAGAAAGGUUAUGUGGAGAGUAAGAGUAUAAUUAAGGGUGUCCGGCCGCCGUUACUUGCUCGUCCUCCUGCUAGGUCACAAGUGAUUGUGGAUAAUCAUGCUUCGACAUGGGAUUUAAUUCGUGGGUUUUCUCCUAGGACUGAUGAAGAGUCGACAUCAGUUGAACCAGUUAGGGUGAUUAGCUCGUUAAUUGAAGAUGCGGUUGCGAUUGUUGGACCUACAGUUGUUGAAGAUGGAGAGCGGAGUGGGACGAUGACAAGAACCAUUGUUCCACAAUCAAUUUUGGAUACAUCCGAUGACGAGGACAAUGCUUACUCUAUGGCCGCAACUGGACUGGAGUAUUUUGUUUCACCUAAUGGAUCGAUCAGGUGCAAUAUCAAAAACUGGCAGAAGGGCGAUUUUCUUGGAAGUGGGUCGUUUGGAACUGUUUACGAAGGCUUCAAUGAAUAUGGGUUCUUUUUUGCUGUGAAGGAGGUUUCAUUGCUUGAUCAAGGAAGCCAAGGAAAGCAGAGCAUUCUUCAACUUGAACAGGAGAUACUUUUAUUAAGUCAAAUCCAACACGAUAACAUUGUUCGGUAUCUUGGAACUGAUAAGGAUGAUGGCAAACUAUAUAUCUUCCUUGAGCUUAUGCCGAAAGGUUCACUGGCAAAUCUCUAUCAAAAGUAUCACCUGCGGGAUUCCCAAGUUUCUACCUACACAAGGCAGAUUUUGAGCGGUUUGAAUUAUCUGCAUGACCGAAAUGUAGUUCAUAGGGAUAUCAAAUGUGCUAAUAUAUUGGUCGAUGUGAGUGGGUCUGUGAAGCUUGCAGAUUUUGGGUUGGCGAAGGCAACCAAAUUGAAUGACAUCAAAUCUUGCAAGGGGACUCCAUAUUGGAUGGCACCAGAGGUUGUUAAUAAUCGGAAGAACAAGGGAUAUGGACUUGCAGCUGAUAUUUGGAGCCUUGGUUGCACUGUGUUGGAGAUGCUGACUCGUAAAGUUCCAUACUCUCACUUGGAAGGGAUGCAAGCAUUAUUCAGAAUUGGCAGAGGUGAACCUCCUUGUAUUCCUAAAACAUUGUCUGGAGAUGCCCGGAGUUUCAUCCUUAAAUGCUUACAAGUUAACCCGAAUGAUCGGCCAACUGCUGCCCAACUAUUGGAGCACCCAUUUGUGAAGACACCAGUCUCCAUGAACCUAAGCCCUGUUUCUCCACUGUGCAGUGGCGUACGGUCACAGAUUCCAAUGAGCCCCCAACGAUGAUAAUGUAAGGAUGAUUUGUGCAGCAGCUGCUAGGAGUAUCAGCUCUGGUUUGAUGUUUCCCUGCUCGAGUUUUGAAAAUAUGUAUUGCCAUCUCUCAUCCUCUUUGGCUGCAUCUCGUGGUCAACGGUAGGUCAUAUGUUGUAACGAUCAACUGUAAAUAGCCGCAUUUGUGGAGUGAUGAUUACGAAAGAGAAAAGUAAGGCCGGUAAUGUUUAGGCGUGUUUCUUAGGGUUUUGAUUGCUCGUGUGGUGAUAGCACUUGUAAAUAUCAAUUGUGCUUCACAGUUUUGUUAUGAUAUGGAAAGUCCAAUUUAUUUACU